GGUUGCACUAAUAGCAUUGUUGUGAACCAAGAUACAACCUGUGAGUGCACUAAAGUUCACAGCUGAAGUCCGUAAGUGGUCCCUCUGACCGAGUAAUUUACUAAGGUGUUUAUCCACAGGGAGGAGCAACCAGAACAGCAGAGCAGCGCUCUAGACACUUGCGCUGAGAAAGCGAAGGCAACACUGCGUGCGCUCAGUGGAGACGCUUGAACGUCAAACGACGAUAGUCAAAAUGUCGAAUUAUCAAACGUUCGAUUACUCGCUUGCGUAACAUUACGCUGAGAACGAACUCAUUUUAUAUUCGCACUGACGAUUAUUAUUAACCGUUUAAUCAUUCACUAUACCUAGCGAUCGAAUUUAUUACAUAGUUAUUCGCGCUGAAUUUUCGUUUAAUUGUAUUAUACCUGUAGAAGUUCGUUCUGGAAGUGUUAUUAUGUUUCGGAUGUUAUUAUUAUUAUUAGACCAAAAAUAAACUGAUAUUCAUGGAGAUCUGUUAUGAAGAACUGUUUGAAUACAGUGACGCUGAUUUGUAAUGCAAUAACCUGCGAUCUAAACUGCAAAGAUGUCUACUACAAUGUCACAGGCUGACGUUGACAUGGCUGGUGUUGGCUUCCCUAAGUUACCUGCAGGUUUCGACGCUGACUCCUUUUUCCCAGCGCGCCUACCGCCAAGACGUAGGAGACACUCGGCAAACUCUAGGAGACAUGCCUACAGGUUGAACAAACUUCACACCAUGGAUAUAGUGUCUCAGGAGAGCAUCGCCCCUCUCACAAAAACUCUCUCGUGGUCAGCCGACAAUAUUUUAUCAGAAAGUAUCAACGAGGAGAAAAAGACAGACUCUUCUCCCCCGGUGUCACCUGUCUCCAGCUCUUCACCUGAGACCCAAAACUCGGACCCGCAAGCAGCUGAGACCUGGACCGCCGAGGAGCCCAGCGUUCAGGAUCUCGACGCCAGCUCUGAAUCCUCCGAUGAAAGCACGCAGAAGAAGCUUGUUUUGUCACGGGCACUGUUUGAGAGUAAACGCGAGCAGGAGGAAAAGGAUGAGGUUGAGACGAAAGCUGUGGCGACCUCACCUGACGGAAGGUUCCUGAAAUUCAACAUUGAGAUCGGAAGGGGGUCCUUUAAGACCGUCUACAAGGGCUUGGAUACGGAGACCACUGUGGAGGUUGCUUGGUGUGAACUGCAGACCCGGAGGCUGACAAAAGUAGAGCGGCAGCGUUUCAGUGAAGAGGUGGAGAUGCUGAAGUGUCUACAGCAUCCAAACAUCGUCCGCUUCUACGACUCCUGGAAGUCCACCAAUAAAGGGCACAAGUGCAUCAUCCUCGUCACAGAACUCAUGACAUCAGGGACGCUGAAGACGUACCUGAAGAGGUUUAAAGAGAUGAAACUGAAGGUUCUCCAGCAUUGGAGUCAUCAGAUCCUGAAAGGCCUUCACUUCCUGCACACACGAACACCUCCCAUCAUCCACAGAGAUCUCAAGUGUGACAAUAUUUUCAUAACUGGCCCCACUGGAUCUGUGAAGAUUGGUGAUUUGGGCCUAGCCACACUCAAGAGUGCCUCAUUCGCUAAGAGUGUCAUAGGUACCCCAGAGUUCAUGGCUCCUGAAAUGUAUGAGGAGAAGUAUGAUGAAGCUGUGGAUGUGUAUGCCUUUGGCAUGUGCAUCCUGGAGAUGACCACGUCAGAGUACCCUUACUCAGAGUGCCAAAACGCUGCACAGAUCUACCGCAAAGUCACCAGUGGCAUGAAGCCAGACAGUUUUUACAAAGUGAAAGUCCCAGAACUGAAAGAGAUCAUUGAAGGAUGUAUCCGGAUGAACAAAGACGAAAGGUACACUAUCCAGGACCUUUUAGAGCACACUUUUUUCCAGGAGAAUAAUGGCGUCCAUGUCGAGCUGGCCGAGGAAGAUGACAUGGUGAAGUCUGGCCUUAAACUGUGGCUUCGAAUGGAUGACACCAAGAAGCUCCACGGCAAAUACAAGGACAACAACGCCAUUGAGUUCCUGUUCGAACUCUACAAGGACGUCCCAGAGGAGGUGGCUCAGGAAAUGGUAAUUCUUGGCUUCGUAUGUGAAGCCGACUACAAGCUUGUGGCCAAAGCCAUCCGUGAUCGCGUCACCACCAUCAAGCGCCAGCGAGAGAAGCUCCGUCGGCAGGCCGAAGAGACACAGAAGAGGUGUCAGGAGGAGGUGAUUGAGGAGGAACUAGAACCCACUCCUGAAGCUGAAUCUUUAGUUUCAAACCCAGCUACUCCCAAGCCUCCUGUAGAGACGCCCAUAUCCACAACCACUCAAGCUCCACCCACCGUGACUGUGUCUGGCCCUGUUUCCCUGCCUGCAAAUGAAUCUGUGGACUCUGGCUUCAACGCCAGCUUUGCCACUGAACCUGAAGAGCCAGAGGCAGACCUGCGGCAGCAUUUCAACAUACGUCAUGCCAGCUACUCAUCAGCAGCAUCUGACUGUGAGACAGAUGGCUACCUGAGUUCCUCUGGGCUUCAGGAGCCUUCAGAGGGUCAUGCUCCUGUGGCAUGCCAACCCCCCACAGCUCCACAACCAACCAGUGUAACUCCACAUGUAGAAGCCCCACCCAUUGAAGUCCCACCCACUGAAGCACCUCCCACACUGGCUGCACCAAUCCCAGCUCUCCGUUUCCCUUCGAGCAUUGCUGUGUCACAAAAUACAGACAAGACCCAGUCAGGUAGUGCCAGUGGAUUUUCCUCUCCUGUUGACAGCUACGCCUCUGAUGUCACCUCCGGCUUGAGUGACGGAAACGAGGGCCUAUCAGAGAGGGGUGGGAAAGGACAGAGCAAACGCACAGGGACCAAGCUGCUGAGGAAGAGGGCUCGCUCACGUCUACGAAUCACUGGGCUGUCUGAUAAAGUGGACCGGGUGGUGGAGUGUCAGCUACAGACACACAACAGCAAGAUGGUGACGUUUAAAUUCGAUCUGGAUGGAGACAACCCGGAAGACAUUGCUGCAGUGAUGGUACAUAAUGAGUUUAUCCUACCUGGGGAGAGGGAGGGAUUCAUUCACCGCAUGAGGGACAUCAUUCGUCGGGCAGAGGCCCUAAUGAGGAGAGAGCCUUUGGAGCCGCUCGGUCCAGGAGACACCCCUCAACUACUUUACCUGAGUGGAACCGGAUCACUGUCCACCUCACAGCCCAAUCUCCACUUACAGGGCCUCGCUCGCACACACUCCUCCUCCUCGUUGCCAGAUUAUGCUGCUGCUAGUAUAGGUCAGCUGACCCGGGGUUCCUCUCCUACACUCAGCGCAGACUUUUAUGUCGACCCUGAUGCUGUUCCACAGGUUCGCCCCCUGCGCUCACAAUCCUUUCACACCACAGGUUCCUCACAGACCUACCAGUCGUCUGCCCCCAAAUACCCACAAUACUCCCACCCUGAUGUUCUGCCACAUCUCCUACCAAACCAGAUGUCUGCCAUGCCGCCUCAGUUCGCGCAUUACAUUCAUGGCAGCCACUACCCCUAUCCCUACUCCAUGGAUCAAGCCACCCUCAAGAACUCCCUCAACCCAAGUCCUCUCACCCGCGUCCCCAGCAACCCAAACUUCUCCUCCUCUUCAUCCUCCUCCUCUGUUGUUUCUCCAGUUCAGCAGUGUGUUGAAAUGGCUUCUCAGACAGAAAGCAACAAUUUUUCCCUUCCAGUUGAAGUUCAAACUGGCCAGCAAGCUGCAGGCAUGUGGCCACCUCCUUCCCAGCAGCCCCUAAUUUCUCUGGCCAAUGUUCUUUCUCUGGCUAUGAACUUUGCACAUUAUAUACCAGCUGGACCCAUGCCGAACCACAUACCUCAAGGUUUCCACCCCCAAAUGGCCCCUCAACCAGGUUAUGGGCCUAUGUAUGUGCCCCAACAAGCAAGCAUGGCCAAUCCUGAUGCUCCAUACCACCAGGAUGUGCUGGCAGGGCAAUAUAUGGACAUGUACCAAUAUUCUGAUGCCCUUAUGCAGAUUCCGACACCAAUUCCCAAGCCCCAGGAGGUCAGCCAAACAACAGGUCCAACCGGGCAUGUUCUCCCACCAGGGAAGAUGAAAACAAGCAUGAAUUCUCUCAUUUCAGACAUGGCUGCUGGGACUAAACAGCCCAUUCCCACAAACACAACCUUUUCUCUGGGGUCCCAAAGUAGCCCACAGCUGGACCGACAAUGUAGCCCCACAGGGCAACUUAGAGAGCGGGCGGACAGCUCAGCAUCGAGCUCCUACACGACAUCCAGCACCAGCUCACCAGCUUCCUCCACAUCCCCUAGUCCGCAAAACACAGUGUCCUCACCCAAUCCAAGAUCCUACCCCAGUCUUACAAUGUCUCUUGCAGUGACUGAGACAGCCAGUUCAGCCAAAUCCAGACUCUCACCUAUAUCUGAAGAGAAAAAGUCUAUUGUCACGGUGGGACGAUUCCAAAUCAGUCCGAGCAAAGACAUUUCCAUUUCCAUUCCCAGCCCAACCCCCAGCAUCACACCCACUCCUACCCCGACGCCCACGCCUACAUCCACGCCCACCCAAACCUGCCCCAUAAUGCUUCCCCCAGCCACACCCUCUUCACACAACAGCCAGUCAGAGAGCAGCACAGAUGUGCAUGCAGAAUCUGAAAGUAGCCCCAGCUCUCUGAUUGAACCACUUACCAAACCACCUAGCGAGACUUUGCCUAACUCAGACAACACCCCCAUGUGGAUUGGAGAAAAUAAAGUGACAGACAGUAAAUUUGUGGAACCAGAGGAGGGGUGUGGAGUUGAGGAGGAGGAGGAGGAGGAGUCAGAAAUGAGGCGGAGAAGGAUAAGUGUGAUAAGUAACGGUACGGUCGGGAGUCCUCAGUUCAAUCGAAAUCAGUCGUGGAUGAGCUACACUCGCAGCAUGUCAUACGCUAGCAGCGACGAGACGGAAAGCGAAGAUGAGGACAUGUAUGAGGAACUACAGGAGCUCCGAGAGAGACAUUUGUCAGAGGUUCAGGCUCUACAGGCCUCUCAGAAGCGAGAGAUCGAGGAGCUCUAUGAGCGGAUGGGUAAAGUGCCUCCUCCCGGAAUAGUGUCCCCAGCGGCCAUGUUGUCCAGUCGUCAACGGCGUCUGUCUAAGAGUGGAGGGUACCCCACUUCUCGACGAAACAGCCUGCAGAGACUGGAUAUACUGCCUUCUACAGGUAUAAUGCGGAGGAACUCAGUGAGUGGCAGCAGCAGUGGCUCACAGGAGAGGACCAGUAAAGGAGUAACAUUUGCCUCUGAUUAUGCCAGAAUUUGAUUUCUUUAGCUUAGCAACUCUGUGGCCCUCUUCCUGCCUUCCUAAUGCAAAUCAAGUGACAUCAACGUUUCCUCGUGGAUGAAAUGGCUCGCAAAAGCCAAUGAGUGUGAAUAUGUCUUAGCACUAUCAAAUCAAGAGUGUGUACCAUGUGAAUAUUUCAGAUUUUAACCAAUUGUAUACCUCUGCUCAGUAUUCUAAGAUGGACUUGCUUGCCUAGUAUGCUUUUUGAAGAGACUGUGUGAAUGUAAGUGCCAGCUUUUAUGUUUAGAAAUACCAUGAUGCUGAUCUCAUCACAGAUUUAAAGGAGAAUUGCUCUCUCAUUUGCAGAUAUAGCGCCCCCUGUGGUUAUAUAACUGAGUUUUGAGUUUUCACCUGUUUAGCUGUUCAUGUGGUUGUUCUUUUCUCUAUAAUUUCUCUGUUUGCUUCAAUAAUAGAUGCAUUUAAAAUUCUGAUAAUUAUGAUUCCAAGUUCAAUGCAGUCAUUAACACAAUUAAUUUUUACUCAAGCUGCAAUGCAAAACAAAGAAUAUAGUCCGUUGGUCCAUCAGUUUUGACUUUUAGCCUUAAAUGUAGAUAUUAUUUUAUGUCAAACAGUAUCAUGUGUAUAUUUAGACAAAUUGUAAAAAUGUCAAUCAUCUUAAAUAUUUUGCACACACAAUUAUUGCACAAAAUCGAUUUGUAAAAUGGCUCCCGUAAGCUGUUGUAUUGUCACUGAUUUUAUCCCCAUUUAUUAUUUCUGAUGCCUUAAUUUUUUUCUAAAAUGAUUUACCCGGUGUGCAUAUACACGUCAUAAAAAUAACAAUGCUGGAUGCAACAAAGCCUUUCAUUGAUAUUUAGAGCUAAAACUAUGUAGGUACUAAGUGGUUUGCUUUUUUUGCUAUGACAUCAUAAUGAGCAUAUUUAAAUAAGCAUAUUUAAAUUGCUUAGCAAUCAGAUCCUGUUUAGAGGUAACAAUCUAUUCAAAGUAUCUGAAACAAACUGAGUUAUCAGAACAAAUAAUUCAGGUGACAAUCACUGAAAUAUAUCUGCCUACAUUUUGUUAAAUACCCAACCGUACUGCCAUUUUUUUUAUUUUAUUUUUUCAUAAAUUGUAGCUCUAAAUCAGUUUUAACUAUAGAAUUUAGUUUCAAUAUAACAUAUCAUUCCUCCCAAUGUCAAAAUCUAACACUAGGUGGAAUUUCACUUUAUGUAAUUGCCUUUCACCUUCUGACUGCCACAUUUUUUUAUUUAUUUUAAAUUCUUCUGUCUUAACAAUGCAUCUACUGUUAUUUGAAUCCUAGUGAAAUGUGAAAUUAAUAUAUUAAUUCUUUAAUUUGGCUUUUGUAAUUGUUUGCUUAAUUAAAAGAAGAAAAAAACUGACACAACACAAUGCAUUUUUUUGCAAGGCACUUGCCAUAGAUGCUAUAGAUGGUCUGUAUAUAAUAACAGUGAUGAAUUGCAGCAUGUGAAAUCUUAGUUCAUAUGCUUAGGCCAAUGCAGCAAUGUUACAUAUAUGUUAAGAGAAAAAUUAAUAUACCUUAAGUCACAACUGAGAAACUGUGAAGUUUGAAUAAUAGUUGCCUUAAAGUUUUUGCAUUUGAUGGGACAGCAGGUGUGUUUUUCUGAAUACCCAAGAGAAGAUUUAUACAUGUAUAUAUUAAGAUAAAAAUAAAAGCUGUAUUAUAUUAUGCAAGAAAAAAAAAAUAACAACAUUGUACUGCCAUGCAGAUUGUGCCUUUUUUUUUUUUUUUUUUUUUUACAUUUAACUCUG